GACCCUGAGCCCUGUAGGUCCUCUGUGUCCCCAGGCCCAGGAGCAGGGACGCCCAAUCAGUGCCUCCCACGCAGCCCGGGGAGCCCACAGCCGAGCCAGCUCUCCUAUCACGUCUCUGGGACAGACAGUAUUGAAAAAUCCACGUGGCAUGAGAGGAUGACAGACUCAGGAGGGCCCCUGAGGCGCCCACUUUGUUUCUUAUCUACACUGCUUUCCCAGAAAGUUCCCGAGAAGUCGGACACUGUGCUUCGCUGCAUAAUCUCUGGUCAGCCCAAGCCAGAGGUGACUUGGUAUAAAAAUGGUCAAACCAUAGAGGAAGGUGGCAUUGUUUCCAGUUACGAAUUCUUCGAGAACCAGUAUAUUCACUUGUUACAUCUCUAUAGCUGUACCCAAAAUGACACUGCUGUUUACCAGAUUUCUGCUAAAAACUGUUUUGGGAUGAUCUGCUGUUCUGCUUCCAUUGAAGUCGAGUGCUCACCAGAGAACACACAACUUGUUCCCAGCCCGACAGAGGAUGGGACCACAGGUUGGAACCCGGGCCCACAGACCUCUGGGCAGAAAAGCACAAAUCAAGUGGAGGAGCAAGAACCUCCUUCUAAGGAAGAAGAGAGUCUCUGGCUGGGGACUCCCGUACCAGCUGAUUCCUCCUCCUCCAAAUUUAACCCUUUAUGCUCAUGCCAGUUACUGGCCAGCAGUGAUAUGAACUCAUCCGGUUCUGAAAAUCCCUUGCAUGCUGAAGGAACAAGGCAAAGGGAACAGGCUUGUGAUGCGAAUAGCACAGAGGCAAUUGCGGAUGGGUUGCUUUUUCCUAAGUCGAGUAAUAUUCCUGAUAAACAAGAUGUAUAUUGCCACGGGACGGUGCAGUCCAAAUUAUCAAAGUUAACGGAUGGUGCAUUAAACGACGAUGAAGACUUGCACUCCAGUCCUCAAAGUCCCAAAGCACAGAAGUACAUCAGUGUCAGCCUACCACUCUCGGAGGCAGCCACAUCCACCUACCCAGGUGACAGGGCCCCUGUCAAUGAACAAAUCAGUUCACAGGUUUCCAGCGACGACUCUGACAGUGACUAUGAACUUUGCCCAGAGAUAACCCUAACCUACACUGAGGAGUUUUCAGAUGAUGACCUGGAGUAUCUGGAAUGUUCCGAUGUUAUGACGGACUACUCUAAUGCAGUUUGGCAAAGGAACCUGGAGGGGACUGAGCAUGUUUUUUUAUUAGAAAGCGAUGACGAAGAGAUGGAAUUCAGCAAGUAUGGACUAGGGGAGCAUGAGUCUUUGCUUAGUGAAAUGGGUCGUGGGCCUCGGGUGUCAUAUGACACUGGACCGAUGGAGGCCCGUGCUGGCUUCUCUGGUGAUCACUCACAAUCCCAAGAAGUGACGGUAAGGCGUCGCCGAGCCUCCACCCACGGUCCCCCAUGCCCACAAACAGGGAUGACUCUGACUUUGGGAUCUCACCAGGAUGGGACGUCUGCGGUGACUGACCAGGGGAGAUAUAAACGACCCACUGCUUCUGAUGAAAAUGAUUAUCCAGGAAUUCAGGGAGAAACCAGAGACAGCCACCCAGCAGGCAAGGAAUUUGCCAGUGACAAGCCACUAACUGUGGAUAAAGCAGUGGCAGAGAGAGAGGGGAAGUGCUGGUCUGGUGAGUUAGAAACGUCGGGGAUGAACCAGUGUUUGGAGAUGGUGGCAGAGGAGAGACUAGGGGAAAGGGGCUCCUGGAGCAAGGGCUGCUCAGAGAAACCGGGCAGGACGAGGCGGCCGGGAAUGAAGGGAAAACCCAAGAAGCUGACGCCCGACCUGAAAGACAGUGCCACAGACGACACCCUUCACCGUCCCCAACCCCCAGAGCCUUCUGGGCACCCGCUGACACAGGGCGAGAGGAAGGAGAGUUCUGGAGCCGCAGCAGAAGCUCCUAGUUUGAAUUCCCAGUUCUGUCCAGAAGCGGCUAUUCUAACCCACGCAGAUGGAGAGGCAAAAAUGCUGCAAACCCCACCAGGCACACUCCCCCCGCAAGGGGGCUCAGACUUGGAGGGAGAAAGGGUGCAGGUGGAUAACCUCUGUGAAACGAGCCGGGCUCCAGAUCAGAGUGCUCAUCCUCAGGUGCAAAUUCAGGACAGAGCCGGGGAGACACUCUCUCCCAGCCGGACACCAGCUUUCUCAGAGCCUGCCCAGGAGGGGUCUGUACUGCCUGGGACCACAGCAGACUCUGUCUCCAGCUUAGAAAGGAGCGAUGAUGAAGGUGCACCGUUGAUUUCAUACCUGGACAGGGAAAGCUGUACUCAAGGCCCUCGGCAUGAAGAAAGCCAAGGCAGAGAAGACGACACACCUGGAUGUUCCUGGGAAGACCCAGGAUAUGGGCUGAGCCCCCCAGAAGCCACCCAUGCAACUCUGUCCCCCUGUGAGCUGUCGGUGUGUCUGCCUACAGAGGGCAGCGAUGACCCCAGGGAGCCGGAGACUCUGUCUGUUUCUCCCCCUGCACCCACAGAUACUGUCCCCACCCUGGGAACUGUGUGCCAUGGGCUGAGGGGCAGAGAAGCAGAGUGUUUGAUGGAACAUCUUAGAGCAGGUGACCAAGGGACAGGUGGCACCAUGGACCCCCCGGCUGGAGCCCCCGUUCAUGAGCAUUUGCCCCAAGAAUUCUGCUCCACAGACUUGCAGCUGGUGGAAGGUCAAAGCAAAGUGUCUGGCUUGUGUUUUCCUGAUGAAGGGACAGUGGAGGGUGUUUUCCAAGGACAGGGUUCAGAGCCUGCACAGUCUAUAGGCCAAAGCAACCAGGACGGAAACAUGGUGGCAUUUCCUGUACUUAGCAGUGCCCUCCCCUGGGACACUUCACAAAAGGCCAGCGAAGGCACCACAGGGGAGCAGCUAGCCAGGGGGGAGAAUUCCACCCCGACUCGGGCUGCCACAGGGCAGGGCAGGCUGAGCCCCAGCACCACAGGAGGGCUUGAGGACAGACAGUCCCUGUCCUCUGAGAAUUCUUUGGUGCAGCAUGAAGAAGGUGAGGACGUCCCUGGGCCCCACGCCCCGGGCCCCACAGAUACACCAACCAGCCAUAGUUCGGUUGCGAAGUUUCCUCAGGAGCCGGCAACAUUACCUGCUAAUCUUGAGGGUCUUCAGGGGACCAGGGAGAGUGGGGAUGCACCAACUGGUACCACUGCCACCAAAGUCCACCCAGCCAAAUACCUCCCCAUUUCAACUGCUGAGAACAGUUGUGCAGAUGGCCCCAAGGAGAGCUUACCUCAGCCGCCAGGUGAAAAUAUCUUUCAACAUCCUUCCAACGUACAGUCGGGUCAUAUUUUGAAUGGCUCCACCCCUGAGUCCACAGAAGAGCUUUGCACGGCCCCUAGAGGACCGGGAGUCUGUGUCUGUGCCCCCCUGCUCCCAGAGGGAGAGCUCGGCCAGGACUCCUCUCUCCAGGUCGAUAACCAGCGUGGAGACAGGAGCCGGACUGUGGAUGGAGUGGCCAAUAGGAGCUUGGAAGAGCAGUUCCAGGAAAAAGGAAGAGAAACAAUGCAGAGGACCUGGCAGGAGAGCUGGCCCCGCCAGGGCUCUCCUUCUGAAGAUCAUGUCCAGGAAAGUUGGGCCCCGAUGCCUGCUGCACGAGGGGAGACAGUCCCGGCACCUUUGGACCACCCGUCAGCAAGCUGCAGGGAGGAACGGAGGCCGUGCUCAGGCCCAGGGACCAGCAUGUCCACGGUGGACGAAGUGACUGUGGAAGAUGACAGGCAGACUGUGAGCAGCAUUCUGCCUUGCUCCCAUAUCCCCCUGGAGGAGUCUACGGGCAGUGGACCAGGACACGGGGAAGCAGCCCACAAGCCCGAGAGGAUGGCUCUAGGGGCUUCUGUUUUCCAGGCCUGCCCUCCAGGACAGCCGGCAGAUUCUGAGUGCAAGGAGUCAGCUGCUGGUGCCAUGACUCCUGCUGGGGCCUGGGCCGUAGGUGACACAGGACAGGCAGGUGCUGCUGGGCCUGAACUGGACCCCUCUGAGCCUGCACCAUCGGCUGGUGGUCCUCAGGCUGAACCUGGCUCAGCCCUUGCUGAUAACAGAGAUAUCCAUGAAGGUCAGAAGCCAGCCCGGCGCACCUAUUGGCGCUGCCUUUCUGCCCGGUAUCUGAGCCAGCGCCGGCUCCUGGAGUCGUCUGUGGACCCUGUCGAAGAGGAAUUGUGUGUCACAGAUUUGCCAUCUGAAGCUUCCACAACUGGAGGGCAGGAAACUGUUCACAGUGUGAGUCAAAACCAAGAGGAAAAACAGCUUAUGGCGGCACUCCCUGCCUUCUUGAAAUCGUUUCUGACCAGCCCGAAAAUCCUCGAGUCCUCUGUAGAUCCCAUUGAUGAAAUAGGUGUGGUGGAGUGGGCCAGGCUGGAAACCCGGGAGCCGUCUGCAUCCACCCUGGGGCUCAGCACAGAGGACAGGAAACUGGAGGACGGACACUUGGGCCAGAGAGCAGAAGUCAGACCUGCCAGCUCGCCAGUUCCAUGCCCCCAGCAAAGUGGGGAAACCAUUCCAAGUACUGACCGAAACCAAGAAGCCAGUGAGCGGGGGGAGGCUGAGCAAAGUCAAAACAGCGGAGCAGAUCUUGUAUCCCCCACUUUACCUCUUUCUAGCGGUCUUGCAGUCAUGACUCAGGCGUCUGCUGGAGUUGACAUUCAGAACACCACAGGUCAAGUUCAUGACAUCCCCCCAAACUGUUUAGUGGAGCCCAGCAACUGUGAGCCUACGCUUUCUGCCUCAGAGGAAAGCGGGGAGAGGGGGGGUGAAGGUGGGAAACAGUCGCCCUCCUCUGGUGGUCUUAUUCCGCUGCCUUUUACUUCAUCUCCUGAAGGAAACAUCACAAACUUUCCAAUAAGCCACAAAAUUGAGGAACCUGAAAAAGAGACGCCCCAAAGUGGGGAAACCAAAACCGCAAGCCGAUCCAGCUCCCCAGCAAUGGCUUUGGCAUUCACUUCAGGAGAACAUGAGUCAGAGACAGCUCCUAAAACACAGCAAGACCCAUGUCAACUGGGCCCCACCCUGGGCCAUGGGAGCAAGUCAGGGGGGGAGAGGCCCCGGCCUAUGGCAGCCCGGACAGGCAGCCCCCCAGCGACUGCUACAGAGGAGGGCAAGAAGAAGCAAGAAACCUCAGGAAGUGGACGUUUAGCUGAGGGAAUGAAGAAGAAGAUUCUGUCCAAGGUGGCCGCCCUGAGGCUGAGGUUGGAAGAAAGGGAGAAUGUCAGAAAAAACUCAAGGUUUCCUGCAAAGGUUCCUAAACUCGAGACGUCGAUAUUAUGCACCAGUGAGCAAAAAGACUCAAAAGAGCUGCUUUGCAAAAGAGAAGGAAAAGCUCCGGUACUGCUGAAAAAGAUCCAAGCCGAGAUGUUUCCCGAACACUCUGGAAAUGUAAGAUUAAGCUGCCAGUUUGCAGAAAUUCAUGAAGAAUCUACUAUCUGGUGGACAAAAGAUUCAAAACCAAUAGCACAGGUGCAGAGAAGUGCAGGAGACAACUCCAUGGUGUCCUUGGCCAUCGUUCAAGCCAGCCAGAAGGACCAGGGCCUCUACAACUGCCGCAUCCAGAACAGCUACGGAGAAGUGACAGCGGAGUUCAACCUCACCCCUGAAGUUCUCAAACAACUUCCCAGUCACCAGGAUAUUAAAGGAUGCGAAGAGAUUGAGUUCAGCCAACUUAUCUUCAGAGAAGACUUCCUCCGUGACCGGUACUUCGGGGACCGCCUGCGAGGCCAGAUUGCCACGGAGGAGCUGCACUUUGGAGAAGGCGUCCACCGCAAAGCCUUCCGCAGCAAAGUCAUGCAGGGCCUCAUGCCCGUCUUCCAGCCCGGCCACGCCUGCGUGCUCAAGGUGCACAACGCCGUGGCCUACGGGACCAGAAACGACGAUGAGCUUGUCCAGAGGAACUACACACUCGCUGUCCAGGAAUGCUACGUUCAAAACACGGCCAGGUACUAUGCGAAGAUCUAUGCUGCCGAAGCACAGCCUCUGGAAGGCUUCGGGGAAGUGCCAGAGAUCAUUCCUAUUUUUCUUAUCCAUCGGCCUGAGAACAACAUCCCGUAUGCCACGGUGGAGGAGGAGCUGAUGGGAGAAUUUGUGAAGUAUUCCAUCAGGGACGGGAAGGAGAUCAACUUCUUGAGGAGAGACUCGGAGGCCGGUCAGAAGUGCUGCACCUUCCAGCACUGGGUGUACCAGAAAACGGGGGGCUGCCUCCUGGUCACCGACAUGCAGGGUGUGGGAAUGAAGCUGACGGACGUGGGCAUAGCAACGCUGGCUAAAGGGUACAAAGGGUUCAAGGGCAACUGUUCCAUGACCUUCAUCGAUCAGUUUAAAGUGCUGCACCAGUGUAACAAGUACUGUAAAAUGCUGGGGCUGAAAUCGCUUCAAAACAACGCCCAGAAACAGAGGAAGCCAAGCGUCACGAAAAGCAAAAGUCAGCCGAACUCCACGACAGUGAGGAAGGCGGCGUCUGGGGUCCCGGCAGAGAACAAGACCUAGUGUCCCGCAGGGACUGCGAGGCACCUCCGAGCAGCGCACUGUCACGUGGGUGGACGUCUGACAACACCCGGAGAGGACGGUGACAAUCCUCGAUCCCUGCUGCUUCUGCAGCCGUCACCGGCUGUCUCUGUGGCAGUGCCCAGAGCAGGGUUGUGACCAGACCUAGGGAGGAACUGCACCCAUGGCCGGCCUCGAGGACUGUCUGUCUUUAUACACGCCUGUAGCAUGUUUACCAACCUCACCUUAGGUGUCGAUCUGUGUAUUUGGCACGUGGUUGUGUUGUCCAGGACGUGGUGCUGAGCAGGGUCUGUGCACGGCCCAGAUCCUCCCCACUGCCAUUCCUCACCCCGAGACUUCUAGACACUUCCAGCUGCUGUAUAAACAGAAGAUAUGAAUUCCUUUAUCAGGUCGAUUUGCCACACUAGUGUCAAAUAUGCUAUUGUGGCUGGCGGUGGCUUUUUGAGACAUGAGGCCAUUUCCCAUCAUUAUUCACACACCCAGUUAUAAUGUUCUGUUCCAUUAAAUUCAUAUUUAA